GGGCGGAAACUUUGUAGCCGCUUGAGGGUCCGGCGGAAUGAUUUCGGUGCCGUACCAGAAGGGAAAGCUUUGGUCUCAAGAAGGCAUGGCAGGAACCGAUUUAAAGCCCGUGGUGCUGAAGCAUCGGCGCACUACCCUCGAACGGGUCGAAAAGUUUAUCUCACAGGAAUAUUUCGUGGAUUGUAACCUCCGGGGCAGGCUGUUUGGUGACACGUGUGCGUUGGUGUCUCUUUCUUACUUCGAAACUUCUAAACGAAUUCCAUACAAUGAAGCUAUCAGACAAGAAUUCAGCCCUAUUAAAGUUGGGGAUAGUUUUGGACAAACGUGGCAUACCUGCUGGUUUAAAGUUGAACUUAGCAUCCCCAAAAACUGGACUGGAAAGGAAGUGCACCUUCUUUGGGAAAGCGAUGGAGAAGGAAUGGUUUGGAGGGAUGCCCAGCCCAUUCAGAGUUUGACUCAGGAAGGUGAGAAGACCAGCUAUGUGCUGACAAACAGUCUAAAGGACACAGACCCUCACAGCUUGACCCUGUAUCUGGAGGUUGCCUGCAAUGGUCUCUUUGGAGCUGGGAAGGGUAGCAUGAUUGCACCCCCUGAUCCAAACAAAACAUUCUCCUUGCAUAGAGCAGAGCUGGUGGUUUACAAUCGGGAUGUCCAUGAGCUUCUGGUUGACUUUGAAAUCCUUUUGGACAUGGCCAAGCUCCUUGGAGAGGAAAAUCAGCGGAGCUUCCAGGUGCUUUACGUAGCAAACCAAAUGGUGAACUUGUGUGAUGUCAACAACCCUGCAACUUUUCCUGCCGUUCAUGAACUUGCCCACUCUAUUUUCUGCCAGAAGAACGGACAUAGCCAGCAUAUCAUCCAUGCAAUGGGCCAUUGCCACAUUGAUUCUGCUUGGCUGUGGCCUUAUGAAGAGACGGUUCGUAAAUGUGCACGCAGCUGGGUGAGUGUCAUACGCCUGAUGGAGAAGAACCAGGACUUCAAUUUUGUCUGCUCACAGGCUCAGCAGUUUGAGUGGGUGAAGAACUGUUACCCUGGGUUGUAUGCUACAAUUCAAGAAUUUGCAAAAGGAGGACGUUUCAUACCGGUUGGGGGAACCUGGGUGGAAAUGGAUGGAAACCUUCCAAGCGGAGAAUCCAUGGUUCGCCAGUUCCUGCAGGGACAACGUUUCUUCCAGCAGGAAUUUGGGAAGCUGUGCUUAGAGUUCUGGUUGCCUGACACAUUCGGUUACUCAGCACAACUGCCACAAAUAAUGUGUGGCUGCGGGAUACGUCGUUUCCUAACUCAGAAGUUGAGCUGGAACCUGGUGAACACUUUCCCUCACAACACCUUUUUCUGGGAAGGCAUUGAUGGAUCACGGGUUUUGGCUCACUUCCCCCCUGCAGAUUCCUAUGGAUUGUCUGGUUGUGUGGAUGAGAUGUUAAGAACAGUGAAGAAUAAUAAGGAUAAGGGCCGUGUAAAUCACAGCGUCGUUCUCUUUGGGUUUGGGGAUGGAGGAGGUGGCCCUACACAAAAGAUGCUGGACAGGCUACAGAGAAUGGAGGACGCGGAUGGUCUACCCAGGGUUCGGAUGUCUGUUCCAGAUCAGUUUUUCUCUGCCCUGGAGAAGGAAAAGGCUCAGCUCUGUACCUGGGUUGGAGAACUGUUUUUGGAGCUGCAUAAUGGUACCUACACAACUCACGGGCAGAUUAAAAAGGGGAACAGGGAAUGUGAGCGUUUACUUCACGAUGUCGAGGUUCUCAGUAGCUUGGCUUUGUUGCGGAAGCCUCCUUUCCAGUACCCUUCUGCUCAGCUUCAGCACCUUUGGAGGCUGCUGCUCUUGAACCAAUUCCAUGAUGUCUUGCCAGGCAGUUGUAUCCAGCUUGUAGUAGAGGAUGCCAUGGGAUACUACUCAGAAAUUCGCAGUUCUGGAGCUCAGCUUCUGAAAGACGCCAUCCAUUCUUUGUGCGGAGAGCUGCUGGCCAGCAGUGACAAGAGCAGCGACACCACCCUGGUUGUCAACACUUUACCGUGGGAAAGAACCGAAGUUGUUUCCAAAGCAGGACCCCAAGGAUCUGAGACUUUAGCUUUAGUGACAGUUCCCAGCAUGGGCUUCUGUGCCAUUCAAGAGUCCUUAUCUCCUCCACAUCCUGUGACGGUCCAUAAAGAGGCAGACGGUUCUGUUACGUUGGCAAAUGGUGUCAUCCAAGCCUGCCUGGACCCUUUGGGGCGCGUGGCAUCCCUUGCCUUAGUACACCCAAAGAGAGAGGCUGUUCCUGAUGGCUGCCAGGCUAACCAGUUCGUGGUCUUUGAUGAUGUUCCUCUGUACUGGGAUGCCUGGGAUGUGAUGGAUUACCAUCUGGAGACCAGGAAGCCCAUCACACAUCUCCUUAAACCCCUGGAAAUUUCCAUCCCGGGUGGCCUGAGAGGCAGCGUGACCUUCUCCCUGCAGAUCAGCGAGAGGAGCGUCCUAACCCAAGAGGUCAUCCUGGAUGCAGCAAGUCCUUACAUCUCCUUCCGGACUCAGGUUGACUGGAACGAAGCUCACAAGUUCCUCAAGGUGGAGUUUCCAGCAAAGGUUCGGAGCCCAAACGCCACUUACGAGAUCCAGUUUGGCCACCUGCAGAGACCGACGCAUUGGAACACUUCCUGGGAUUGGGCCCGGUUUGAGGUGUGGAACCACAAAUGGACAGACUUGUCCGAGCAUGGCUUUGGGGUCGCGCUGUUAAACGACUGCAAAUAUGGCUGCUCGGUCCAUGGUAACGUGAUGAGCCUUUCCCUGUUGCGUGCUCCAAAGUCCCCCGAUGCUACUGCAGAUAUUGGACGCCACCAAUUUACCUAUGCAGUGAUGCCUCACCUGGGUUCUUUCCAAGAAGCGGGGGUCAUCCAGCAGGCAUACAGCUUGAAUUUUCCUCUUCAUAUAGUGGAGGGGGCUCCUGGGCCAUGUCCAGUCUGGAGCGCAUUUUCUGUGCUGUCCCCAGCUGUUGUUCUGGAAACUAUAAAGCAGGCAGAGGACAGGCCAGACGCCUUGGUCGUCAGGCUUUACGAGUCACACGGCAGCACGGUUGAUACCUGGCUCCAAAUGCGCUUCCCGGUCCAAGAGGCCAUUGUGUGUGACCUCCUUGAACGGCCUGAUCCUAACACCUCCUUGACUCUGGAAGAGCGUGGAUUGAAGCUUUCCUUUCGGCCCUUCCAAAUACUCUCUGCCAUGCUGGUCUUGAAAGGACAGGGCAGUGAUUGAAGCUUCGGGACGGAGAUCGCUAUUCUAAGGACUCAUCAGCUGGAGCUUCUGCUGUCUGCCUGAGAGGGUGAAGGGCACCCGGGGUGGAUCGUUGGCUUACAGGAAUUAUGUAGGUUUGUUGCUUUUGCCAGAAACCUGAGAACUACCAACCUGUGCCCAGGUGAAAAGUAACAGUUGUGAAUGUACCCAAUCACUGUAUUCUCCCCACUCACCUACUGGAAUGGUGCAAAUAUAGGUUUCCAUCCCUUAUAA